UUGGUAUGAAUGAAACUGUUAGGGAGGGGAUAGCUGCUUUACGUGCACUAGUCACUUUCGCUUUUUUUCGCUAUGAAAAGUGGCGUCUUAAAACGUAGAAUGUUAUCUGUUCUUUAAGUGAUAUGUUGACAUAAAUCAAUCGCGUAUUCAGGCAAUGCAAAAUAAGAAACAGCGUACGACCCUUUCCGAAAUUUCUGCUGUUUGGCUGGCGUUUGUACCUUCUAGGAGAAAUGAACGGCCAAUAAACUGAUGGCAGCUGAUGAGAGAGCGGCUCGUAGAGAAGCGAGAAGGCGAAGAAUUUUAGAAAAUUCAGAGAACAGGUUGCAGAGAAUAACAGGAAGAUAUGAGAGCGGGUCAGAUGCAAAAGCGGAGUAUUCAACAACAGGUGAAGAAGCAACGACGUGGAAGAGUAGCAUUCAAAAGGAUGCGAUAAAUGGGCUUAUUAGGCCUGUAAAAAUCCAGCAGAAAACUGAAGAACACUAUGAGAGUGCUGGAAGUAAAUAUGCAGACGAAAUACUAAGAAGAGUGCAAAAUUGCAACAUCCCGUGCAGCAGAUUAGACAGUCCAAUAGAUGAAACUUCUAAUGAGGCGACAACAGGAGUUAAAGCAGUGGAGCAGCGAACCCACAGGUCACGGUUUUUUGUGUGGAAUCUGCAUUUUGUUUGUACGGCAGUAAUCACAAGAACAUUAUUUGCCUUUGGACUAGGGUACUUAUUUAGUGAGCUUGUGUUUUUACCAUUACUGCUUCUGCUGCUGAGUGAAAUACUGCUGGCCAAAACAGUUAAUAGCUCAAGUACUUACGGCAUUUUGGGAGGAGCUCUGAUAUUGAUAGGACUACCUUCACAUUUAGUGACGACUUGUGCCUAUUGUGUCUCUGUAGCUUCCCAUCUGAUUGGUGUUUUUGCCAUCUACCUGGUUUCAUUUACACUCACUGACUGUGUUAUCAACUCAGUGUCUUCUGCAGACAGUGGGUAGCAGACAGUUGUAAUCAACAACUUUUGACACAGACUGUGCUGGUAAAAUUACUUGCUAUUGCUAUGUGCUGUUAAUUUGUUUGAGAAAUUCAAUAUAUUUACUGGAGUGCUAUUAUCAUGAACUCUUCUACUGUAAAAUUUUGUAAUAGACCUAUGAGGCCCUUCAACGCUUUACAUAUUGUUUCACACCAGAUCACAUAUGAGAGAACAAGUUUUAUACAAAAAAAAAACUGGAUAAAGAGUACACAUGACACUAAUGGCAUUUAUGCAGAAUAGAAAUCGUAAAUACAACAUGUUACGGCACUAAGUUGUUGCACCUGUUAAAAUACAUAGAACAUCUAUGAUGUUUGUACAA